AUGGCGUCCAACCACCCUGCUUUCAGCUUCCACCAGAAGCAGGUGUUGAGGCAAGAGCUCACCCAGAUCCAGAACAUCAUGGCCAGCACCAGCAAGAAUCCCAGCACCUCUACCCUCAACACCAUGGCAACCUAUCCUGGCUGCCAUAAGGUCACUCCAAGGUCCGAGACCCCCAUCAACAGUGUCAGUAACAGUUUGGAAAAUGUAUUACAUACAUCAACACAUUCCAUUGAGGAGUCAUUACCCAAGAGGCCUUCGGGGAAGCACUCCAAAGUGAGUGUUGAAAAAGUGGAGUUAAAGGGACUGGCACACAAGAAGAAUGAAAGAAAUGUUGAAUAUUCCUUUGAGGUCCUGUGGUCGGAUUCUUCAGUGACGUCGGUAACCAAAUCCUCCACUGAAGUGACUGAAUUUAUUUCAAAGCUCUCCCAGCUGUAUCCAGAAGAAAACAUGGAGAAAUUCAUUCCUUGCCUAGCUGGUCCAGAUUCAUUUUACCUCGAACGGAACCACAUGGACCUGGAAUCAGACCUUAGGUAUUUGGCACCAUUACCUUCCCAUGUGGUGAAGAAUGACCACGUUAGAAAGUUCUUCAGCACUUCAUCUCCUUCACAGCAACUUCAGAGUUCAAAUUCUGGCAACCCCUCCCUUUAUAAAGUAGGAACUAUGUUGGGAACAUCUGGAAGACCUAUAUGUGGAGUGGCUGGCAUUCAGGCUUCUCAGAACCACGUCCAGCACUCGGCUGCUGCUCCGGUUGCACUGCCCCACUGCUCCCACCCCGGAGGCACUGGCUCCUCGUUGGCCUAUCGCACCCCCAUGGACACCUCUUCUUCACCCAUGCUAAUGUCUUCCAGCCCACAGACCCCUCAGACACAGGAGCAAAAUGGGAUCUUAGACUGGCUCAGGAAACUGCGCUUGCACAAGUACUACCCUGUCUUCAAACAGCUCACGAUGGAGAAGUUUCUCAGUCUUACUGAAGAAGAUCUGAAUAAGUUUGAGUCCCUCACCAUGGGAGCAAAGAAGAAGCUCAAGACCCAGCUGGAGUUGGAGAAAGAAAAAUCAGAGAAACGGUGCCUAAACCCCACAACACCUUCUGCAGUUACCAGCAGUGGUGUGGCAAGGGUCCCCCCCACCACACAUGUUGGGCCCAUCCAGAGUAUUCGUGGCAACCACGCUGCAGAGCUGCGUGUGGAUGUGGAUCAGCCAGCCCACCCACUGCCCCGGGAGGGCAGCUCCUCCGAGUACUCCAGCUCCUCUUCCAGCCCCAUGGGGAUCCAGACACGGGAGGAGAGUUCGGACAGCGCCGAGGAGAACGAGAGACGUUUAGAGAUUCACCUGGACGGUUCAGAAAAGGAGAAGCCGGUGAUGUUACUGAACCAUUUCACUUCCAGCUCUGCCAGACCCACAGCUCAGGUCUUACCAGUGCAGAACGACGCAGGCUCCAAUCCGUCCGGCCACCACACUCUGCCAAUGCAAAUGAUGUCACCUGCCUCUUCUCAUAUCACCCCCAUCCGGAUGCUAAAUUCAGUGCAUAAAUCAGACCGUGGCAAUGCAGACAUGAAGCUACUUUCAUCGUCUAUGCAUUCACUUCUAUCUUUAGAAGAAAGAAAUAAAGUUUCUCCUGGCCCCAGGGGCAGCAUAAAAAUGGAGAAGAGCUUUGGAAAUACAGUGGUGGAUGUAAUGUCUGCAUCUUCUCCCCACCAGCCCCUGCAAGUGCUGUCAGGGGCUGCUGAGAACAGCUCACCCACAUCUACUAUUAACUUUGGUCCUCGAACCAAAGUCGUCCACGCUUCGACUCUGGACAGAGUGAUUAAAACAGCUCAGCAGCCAGGAUUAAUAGUAGAAACCAGUACUGCUGCCACUGUCACAUCCAGCACAGUCUUCCACGUGGCUCGUCCACCCAUCAAACUCCUGGUGUCUUCGUCUCUUCCUACUGAUUCUGCCAUGGCUGGACAGACUUCCUGCUCCAGCAAUAUGCAAAUAACGGUGUCCCCUGCAAUAAUCAACCCCCGGACUGCUCUGUACACAGCCAACACCAAAGUGGCCUUCUCUGCGAUGAGCAGCGUGCCGGUGGCGCCGCUGCAGGGCAGCUUCUGUGCCAACAGCAAUGCUGCCUCCUCCAGCAGCCACCCCGCCACCUCCUUCGCCUCCAUGGCCAACCUGCCCAGCUGCCCCGCGCCCAGCUCCAGCCCCACGCUCUCCUCCGUCGCCGAGAACAACUUCUACAGCAGCAGCAGCAGCAGUAGCAGCAGCAUGGUGUGCAGCUCCUGCGGGUGCAGCGGGAACUGCGGCUCCAGCGGGAUGACCGUCAGCUACGCCAACUAUUUCCAGCACCCCUUUUCAGGGCCUUCCAUGUUUACUUUCCCGUUCCUGCCCUUCAACCCCCUGUGCAGCAACGGCUACAUCAACACGCAGCAGUACAACAGCAGCACCACCUUCCCCGUGGUCCACACCCCCUACAACAGCGGCCUCGCCCCGGACUCCGUCAUGACUGGGCAGUCGACCUUUGCUGUUCCACCAAUGCAGAACUUCAUGGCAGAGGCAGCAGGGGUGUAUCAGGCACAGGGAAUGAUGGGGAACAGCAACGGUUCCAGUCACAAAAAAAAUGGGAAUCUCUCCUGUUACAACUGUGGGGCCAGUGGUCACAGGGCUCAGGACUGCAAACAGCCUCCGAUGGAUUUCAAUCGACAAGGUACGUUUAGGCUGAAAUAUGCUCCUCCCUCUGAAAGUCUUGACUCCACAGACUGAUAUUUUAUCAUCUGGCAAGAAAAUACUGUAAGCCAUGGAGAUACAAGGAGAUUGAAACACAAAACUGAGACGUCCAGUUGCUGUUAAGCUUAAUGUAUUUUUUAAUCCAAAGGUGCUUUACUUUAUUAGACUAGGUAGAAAAUCUAGCUUAGGGGUGCAUCAGAACCCACUCAUGAUUGCCAAAUUCAAGCUUGGAUCUUCUUGUUGGAACUUCUGACUACGUGUCAUAGGACUGAUGGGUACUGGAUGGAUGGUGGAGCUGGCCAGCUGCAUUUUCUGUUGCAAGUACAACAUCUGAGGGACUUCUUUUGCUGGAGAAUGUUGCCAUAUGUGGACUUUUGAAGGUGGAAUGUCUAACUCCAGGGCAGCUACAUUCUGAAGUGGAAGCUGGAGGCUGAAGGUAGGAGUGGCCAUUCGCCAGAAGGACUUUGGCACCCCUGGGCUAGGUAAAAUGUCUACUUUUUUUCAAAAGUGAUCAGGCACUAAUCUCUGGGAUUUUUAAGGAUUGCACUACAGAAGAAUGUAAAACUCUUCAAGCUUUCUGCACUU